CAAAUAUACUCCCACCAAAAUUUUCUAAUCCCAAUUCUUAUUUUCAUCUUCCCCCCAAUUUUCAACCCUAACCCCGUCUCCCACCAAAAAUUCCCUCUCCAUUUUCUCACUCUCACGCAUUAUUUCUCACUCUCUCUCACAUACUCACCACCCACCACUGCUCUCUAUCACUGCUUAUCUCUUGAUCCAAAUUCACCCUUUUCCUCAGGCUACGCAUACAUGGAUGAUUAUCUUAGUAAUAGUAAUGAUGGUAGUAGCGUUACCGAACAGUUAAUGGAUGGGGAUUAUGGAAGUCAUUAUAAUGAUGGUGGUGACUUGAAUAAUGACAGUUAUAACAAUGGUGACAAUAAUGAUGAUGGUGAUGACAGUAAUGAUGACGAUGAUGAUGACAGUACUGAUGAUGAUGACGACGACGAUGAUAGUGACGAUGAUUUUGAUGAUGAGUUUGUUGAACUAGUGUAUGUUGCAUGUGUAUUAGCUGUGAUAUGUUGCAUGGUGUACAUUAAUGAGACUCCUUGUAGAAAUUUUGAACAAACAUGGCAACUUAGUGAAUCUGGGCCCUCACAAAAGAAAAGGAAGUUAGGAGCUGCAAAAUUGGAUAAUCAUCUUAGUCGCCUAGAAGAUGCAUGUGAGCUUAGGAGUUUAGCUAAUUCAAGAGAGCAACAAAGUUCAAUUCGUAAUGUCAUGGAACUUGUGUGUACACUUCCUGGUGUGGAGAAAGGCUCUGACCUCUACUUUGCAGCUUCUCAUAUCUUUUUGAAAAAGUCAUAUAGAGAGAUGUUUGUAAUUUUGAAGAAGCCAGAUUUACAGCUUAGGUGGCUAAAGGGAUUGGUCAAUACAAGGAAGUGACGCACCUUGCAUUUUCCUCUUUCAAGAAACAAAAAUAUGAAAGCGUUAGCUUUGGACCAUGUUUUAUUAGCUCUUUUUAUAUUUUUUUUGGUGGUAAUCUAUGUUGUUUUAGCUUUCGACUAUUUUAUGUGCUAUGGUGGAUUGAACUUUGGACUUUUUAUGUGUGCUAUGUUGUAAUUGCUCUGGAUUUUCUAUAUGUUAUAUACUAUAUAAUUUGAAACUUGUAUUAAGUGUUAUUGUCCCUUUUUAAGUUCUAGGGUUGAUUA